UUCUGGCAUCUGGAAGGGAAAGGACUAUUAUCGCGGAGAGAGAAGUUCCAUCGGGGCCAAGUCGAAACGGCCAAACUAACUGGAUCCCUGGGCCUGGUGGUGAUCUCGUGCAAAGCAGGAAGAAACGUUUUGUCGAUCGAUGGGAAGGGUAUGGGAAGGGUGUAGAAUCGAUUCGAGCGAGAGGCUAUGUCCUUGGAAACUGCGUGUGAUCGUAGCCGAGUGCUUCAGGGGUUUGGCUCGCUGAGAAUCCGGUUGAAUUUGGACGAGCACGAUGCCGGAGACGAGAGGGAACUCGAGGAUGAUUGUCGUUGCCGUUGUCUAUCUCAGUCUCUUUUUGGACAAUGUUUUGCUCACGGUUGUUGUGCCGAUUAUUCCCGACUAUCUCUGCACGCUGGACGGAAACUCGACGACAAACAGUGAAAACGACGAGAACGGCCGAGUAGGAUUAUUGUUAAGCUCAAAGGCACUUGUGCAAUUAAUACUAAAUCCAGCAGUGGGCAUUUUUACCGGUACUUUAGGAUACACCAAGCCGCUGUUCCUCGGCAAUCUAAGUCUCUUACUGGCAGCGAUGCUGUUCGCGUUUGGCCAAACUUACGAAGUGCUGUUCCUGGCUCGAAGCAUCCAGGGCAUCUCCUCCGCGUGCAUCGGCGUUUCCGGGAUGUCGUUGGUCGCCUCGCAGUACCCGGAAGAGGACAAAAGGUCGAAGAUCAUGGGCUUCGUUCUCGGUAGCAUAGCGCUGGGCGUUCUCGUUGGGUAUCCGAUUGGCUCUGUCCUCUACGACCUCGAGGGGAAAAUGGCACCUUUCUUGUUGGUCUCUUGUUUCAUCGUCGUCACCAUUUGUUUGCAGAUUUUUACACUGGAUGUCGAAAUGAAUACCGAGUCCAGCGAUCGAAACACGUCUUGGACGCACCUGCUCUCCGACCCGUACAUACUAAUCAUCUUUGGAGCUAUAUGGUGCUCGACGUCACCGAUGGCUAUCUUAGAACCCUGCUUACCGAUCUGGCUACGAACUCACAUAAAACCCAAGAAAUGGCAGCUGGGAACAGUGUUCAUACCAGACAGCGUGGGCUAUCUGGUUGGGACCAAUUUCUUCGGCAUGAUAGCCUAUCGCUACGGGCGAAGUAAAAUUGCUGUACUGGCGAUGCUGUUGGUUGGGAUAAGUGCCAUUCUGUUACCAUCGUCCCAGACAAUGUCGCAACUGAUAGUUCCACAUUUAGGAAUGGGCUUAGGCAUUGGGGUAGCGGAUGCUGCUCUAGUGCCAUUGUUAGCCAGCUUGGUAGACCAAAAUGGCAAUUACGGUCCCGUUUACUCGAUUCAACAAGUGGCUGUUAGCCUGGCCUAUUCUCUCGGUCCGAUCGCGGGAGGAGAAAUGGUAAAGACGAUCGGCUUCCAAUGGGUUAUGCGAAUUAUCGGCUUAAUGAACGUCGGCUACUGUCCGUUCCUGAUAUACCUCAGCUUGGAGAGGAGGAAAUUAUUAACUCAGCAGGAUGAGAAGAGAGAUUACGAGACCUUUCAGAAAUCAGUGACGAGAUACGAGCGCUUUCGGGACUCUGACGACGAUCUCUGAUACCUCUGAACGAGUGUCAAUCAAUUACCAAGAUUAACUUCUAUUUUAUAUAAUUCCACGAGGACGGAUAGUCGUAGUAGUAUCUGGUUUUUCUCAAAGUAAUCCAACUUUAAUCCAACGGUACUUUAUAGGGAAUGAUGCAACUUCAUUACGUUAUCUCCAUAAAUAAAUGCCAAACGUUGAACACUUCCUGCAAUUUUCUGUAUUUUCUGCAUUUAUCAGUACA